CGCAGCCAGUCCAUGACACAGCGCCGCUGCUGCGCCGCACUCAGCUCAGGCUCAGACAGCUGAUCACCGCAGAACACAAUGACCGUGACUGCCCCUCGGUGGGCCCUGCUGGGGUUCGUCCUCGUCUCCCUCUCGCUCGUUGCUGGAGACUUUGUCAGGGUUCCUCUGUAUCGUGUACAGUCAGCAAGGCGACAGCUUCAAGAAGUAGGCACUGCAGUUCAGCAAUUGCGCCUGCGCUAUGGGGGACCUACUCCUGAGCCGCUUUCUAACUACCUGGAUGCUCAGUACUAUGGCCCAAUUAGCAUUGGAAACCCACCUCAGAACUUUAAGGUAGUCUUUGACACAGGUUCAUCAAACCUUUGGGUUCCUUCCAAGAAAUGCCAUUAUACUAGCAUUGCCUGCUUGUUGCACAACAAGUAUGACAGUACCCACUCCAGUACCUAUGCCUCAAAUGGCACCAAAUUUGAAAUUAGGUAUGGGUCUGGCAGCCUCUCAGGAUAUCUCUCAACUGAUGUGGUUACGGUUGGUGGUCUGGCAGUCAAAAAGCAAACCUUUGCUGAAGCAAUUAGCGAGCCAGGAUUGGCUUUUGUUGCAGCCAAGUUUGAUGGAAUUUUGGGCAUGGCAUACAAGUCCAUUGCAGUUGAUGGUGUUUUACCUGUAUUUGAUAACAUGGUUCAGCAGGGACUGGUUGCUGCUCCCAUUUUUUCAUUCUACCUAAAUAGAGACCCAGCAGCUCCUCAGGGUGGUGAGAUCAUCUUGGGAGGUUCAGACCCGAACCACUACAAGGGAAACUUCACGUACAUUAAUGUUGACAAGCAAACCUACUGGCAGUUCAAAAUGGAUCAAGUAAAGGUUGGUGGCGGCAAGUAUACUUUCUGCCAGCAGGGCUGCCAGGCCAUAGCUGACACUGGAACUUCCCUCAUUGCUGGACCUGUUCAGGAGGUCACAAAGCUGAAUCAGGCCCUCGGGGGCACUCCUAUAAUGGGUGGGGAGUACAUGAUUGAUUGCAACAACAUUCCUAAUCUUCCUAAAUUAGACUUUGUUCUUGGAGGGAAGUCCUUUUCAUUGGAAGGAAAAGACUAUGUACUACGUAUUGCACAAAUGGGCAAGACUAUUUGCCUGUCUGGCUUUAUGGGCAUUGAUAUUCCAGCUCCUCUGGGUCCUUUGUGGAUUCUUGGUGAUGUGUUCAUUGGCAAGUUCUACACUGAGUUCGACAUGCAGAAUAACCGAGUUGGAUUUGCUGACGCAGCUUAAGUUUUAUAUGUAGUAUUGUAUUCAAUUUUUUUUAUGCAGUGGUGAUAAGCAGACACCAAAGUGAAAUAAAUUACAUUUUCUAAA